ACGUCAAAAGAAGAUUGAAGAAUAAUUGUCGUUCUGUAGAUUCAGCGUAUUUGCUUUGUCCGGCGUUUGGAAAAAAUCAAAACACAUACCUAGGUUUUUCUAUGAAUAAUCUGCAUUCUUGUCAUAAAUAAGAAUCAAGAAUGCAGAGUGUAAUAAAUACAGUAAAGGGCACAGCUCUUGGGGUCGCCGGUUACUUGACACCAGUUUUGAAGGAAUCCAAAUUCCAAGAAACUGGUGUGUUAACUCCGGAAGAGUUUGUAGCGGCUGGUGACCACCUGGUGCACCACUGUCCCACCUGGCAGUGGGCGAAGGGAGAGGAGUCGAAAAUCAAGCCAUAUCUACCAGCUGAUAAACAAUUUCUAAUUACGAGGAAUGUGCCAUGCUACCGGAGAUGUAAGCAGAUAGAAUACUGCGAGGAUCACGAGAAAAUUAUCGAGGAUGAAAAUGAUGGAGAAGGCGGCUGGGUUGACACACACCACUAUGACUCUGCGGGAUCACCAACUGUUGAAGAAAAAGUGUGCGAGAUGACGUUAGACGCGGCGGAGACAGGUGAUAGCGAUGGAGAUGGGGAUGGGGAUGGUGAGGAUGAUGAUGACGGGGAUGAGGGGGAGGCUGAGGAUAUGGAACACUUCCAGGAAUCUGGACUGCUGGAUGAAGUUGAUCCGUCAGUAGCGCUAAGCACUCGCGCCACCAAGCCAGCCACUACGUCGCGCGCACGGAGCGGUGACGAGAUCGUGCGCACGCGCACGUACGACCUGCACAUCACGUACGACAAGUACUACCAGACUCCACGGCUCUGGCUGAUUGGGUAUGAUGAGGAGCGCAAGCUGCUGAGCGUAUCGCAGAUGUACGAAGACGUGUCGCAAGACCACGCCAAGAAGACGGUCACCAUGGAGCACCACCCGCACCUCUCCGGGCCCUCCAUGGCCUCCGUGCACCCGUGCAGGCACGCAGAAGUAAUGAAGAAAAUCAUAGAAACUGUGACAGAGAGUGGAGGAUCUCUCGGCGUGCACAGCUAUCUAAUAGUUUUCCUGAAAUUCGUGCAAACCGUCAUACCCACCGUGGAGUACGAUUUUACUCAGAACUUUACCAUACACUAAAAUAGCAUUUUCUACCAUCACCAGCUGUUUCUACAAUGUACUACCACAACCUACUAUUGUGUACCAUUUUCUACCACAACCUACCAUCAACAUCUUGAUGUAAUAUAAAAUUUUGAAUAUUCAGAACAAAAAUAUUCUAUUAAAUUUAAUCAUUUUGAGGUCAUCAUUCUUUCAUCCCUCCUCAAGCAGAAAUUAAAAAAAAAAGUUAGGAAUAGAUUUUUGUGUAACUCAAAAUAUUUAAAUUUUAUCGAAUAAAAACUCGCUUACCAGUGUAGCGCUUGUGUCGCUAAAAGCAUAAUAUUUUCUUUAUUUUAAGGCACAAUUAAAUGUUAGUUAACGUUAUGGGUCUUAUGUGGUGAGAAAGGAAAAAAGUAGACAUUUUUGCUACAAAAUAAUGAUGUAGGAUGUAAAGAAUAUUUGAUUAUCAAUCGGAAUUUAACUUGUAAUGGUGCAUUUAGAUCAAAAGAACAUAGAGCAAGAGCAUUCUUUCGUGAUCUUUUAGUGUAAACGAAAACUCGUAUUGUCGAGUAUUAGAACAUUGCAUUGAAUCAUUUCGAACGCACUAAUAACAAUGAAAUAAUGCUCAACGCCUGUUUACACUAAAAGAAUUAUACAUAGCGGGGGUAGAAUGAGUAUUCGCUCGUUCGAUCAAUGUACCUACCGUAAGAUUGCAAUUUCCUUAACCGCAAGUAAUGGUCGGGCAUAUCAAAUAAUGUGAUGUUUUUUACACAAAAGGCAAGGCUAUAUUAU